GUCAGCUACUUCCGCAUUGCUUCCUUGUUUACGAACGGCCAGAGGGGAGACGCUUUACUGUACUGCUAAAUGCUGCGUUUUUGUCAUUUACAAUUUGUAAAUUUGUCUCUUUUCAGUUAGUUUUGUACGUCCGGUGCGUUUGUAAAGUUAUUUCCUAAACUUGUUUAGUUUUGGUGAACUGACGCAACGUGUGACAUGUAGUCGGGCUGCCGUUUGCGGCGUGUCUCGGGAACUUUCCAUACAUUUCCGCCACAAAACAGGAGGGGAUUCUUUUUAAAACAAAACACAAAAGCAUUUUUGGGACGGAUGGCCGCAGCUUCAGCUGCAGAGGAGCCGCAGGGGCUGCACAGCCACGCCGGAAAUUCCACCGAGGGCACCAAAGAGAUUCCAGCGGUGGUGAGGAAAACCAUUGGGCACCGUGGAGUGGAUCAGACCGGGGUGACCGUGUACAAAAAGACGCCCUCCUGGGCCCUGCAGGGCUCCAUCCAGUUGGGCAUCACUCACACGGUGUGCAGCCUGGCACAGAAACCCGAGCGAGACGUGCUGCUGCAGGACUUUGAGGAGGUGGAGAGCAUCUACUUCCCUGAUGAAGGCAGCAGCCACACGCCCGCACACCACUAUGGAGACUUCACCUUCAAGACCUACGCCCCCAUGGCGUUCCGCUACUUCAGGGAGAUGUUUUGCAUCCAGCCCGACGACUACAUGUGUUCUCUCUGCAGCGAGGACCUCAUCGAGCUGUCCAACCCGGGCGCCAGCGGAUCCCUCUUCUACCUCUCCAACGACGACCAGUUCAUCAUUAAGACGGUGCAGCGCAAAGAGGCCGAGUUCCUGCAGAAGCUCCUCCCGGGAUACUUCAUGAACCUCAACCAGAACAAGCGCACCCUACUGCCCAAGUUCUACGGACUCUACUGCAUCCAGGCGCGAGGGUCCAAUUCCAACAUCCGCAUCGUGGUCAUGAACAACCUGCUGCCCUCCUCCGUGCAGCUGCACCUCAAGUUUGACCUCAAGGGCUCCACCUACAACCGCCGCGCCUCCUCCAAGGAGAGAGCCAAGACUUUGCCCACCCACAAGGACCUGGACUUCCUGCAGGACAUGCCGGAGGGCAUGCUGCUGGACGCCGACAUGUACAACGCUUUCUGCAAAACCAUCCAGAGGGACUGCCUGGUCUUGCAGAGUUUUAAGAUCAUGGACUACAGCCUCCUAGUCGGCAUUCACAUCAUGGAUCAGGCCGGUCGGAAGCCCGCACAGGGGGAGUCGGCAGCCGCCCCAAGAAGGAAGCCCCAGAACCAGAAGUUCUUGUACAACACCCCCAUGGAGGCCAUCCAGGCGGAAGGAAGGAGUCUGGGCUCGGCGGACAGCGACGAUCCCACGGGAGGCAUUCCGGCACGGAACGCCAAAGGCCAACGACUGCUGGUGUACAUUGGCAUCAUCGACAUUCUGCAGUCAUACAGGUUCAUCAAGAUGCUGGAACACACGUGGAAAUCUCUGGUGCAAGACGGGGAUACGGUGUCGGUGCACAGACCAGGUUUCUAUGCAGAACGAUUCCAGAAGUUCAUGUGCAGCACCGUCUUCAAGAGAAUCCAAUUAAAGACAUCCCCUUCCAAGAGGCGACACAGCACUCCCAGGAAGUCGGACAGCGCCGGAGCUCCACCGGCAGAAGCGAGCGGCAGCAAGAGCCAGAAGGAGCAGCCCGUCAGGACCCAAGAGGAGGAAGCCAAAGAAGGCGAGGACCAAGGCAGCGGCGUGACGGUGGCACCGCCAUCCAAUGCGGACAACGCACACGGCUGAUCUCCUCCCAAGGAACAUUCCAAAUGCCAGGACAUCCACAGCCAUCCGCCCCUUUUUUACUGCACCUUGCCUUGCUUCCAGCCUCAGCCCGCACCGUGGCCUGAUGCCCGUGCCCUGAUGCCCGUGGACUGAUGCCCGUGGACUGAUGCCCGUGGCCUGGUGCUUAUCUCAGAGAUGUCUUUUUACACACUGACCAUUCUUGACCUUGACAAGGACUCGUUGAGUGACCUCUUAAGCCAAAAAUGGACCAAAAAGUGCUGAGAUGCAAUGCAAGUUAUUGGUAAAGUGCCUAAAAUAACCAAAUAGAAUAGAAGAGCCUUUUGUUGUCAUUGCACAAAAGUAGUGGGGGACAAUACGGUACAUUAUCUCUAGAUAAUACAAUAUUAUCUAUACAUUGGAAUAAUAAUACUAUAAAGAUAGAAAUAAUACAAUGUUAUCUAUACAUUGGAAAUAAUGUAUACAAUGCAUUUAGGCUUUUAUGUUUUCUACAUGAACAUAUCAAGUCUGUUUUAUUCCAAAACUCUAGUUUGUGGUACUGUAUAUGUUCAUUAUCUGUAAACCCUGCCACUGUUACCCGUUAUGAUACAAAAUGUACUGUACAUUAAGGAGUAGUUAUUUAUUGACUCGUUCUUUUCAAUGCUGUGCCAUGCAAUCUUUUCUUGACGCAAUGAAAAGGCUUGGGAAAGGGUGCAAUACAUUCUGUUGAUUUGGGGGAAUCAUCCAUAUUUGGGGUUAGGGCUCAUCUGUACUGUAGAAAGUGCCUUAUGGUCCUGGAUAUUUAUUACAGUGUAUUACUGUAUUCUUGCUAUUCUUUCUGGUGAUGUUGAACAUUUGACUUAUUAUUAUUUCAUUUAUGGUACUUUGUAAAUAAACUUGCAUUGGCAUUCCA